GACGUUACAGGAAACAGGAAGUGGAGCCUCGAGCCAAACAGGAAACAGUCAUAGCAGUGGUGCCGGUUAGAGAAGAUCUGAAGAAGCGAUUAAAGCAGGAGAGAUGAGCACCCCAGGAGGGCUGGUGACCAAUCGUGGACGGCGUUUCAAAUGGGCCAUUGAGCUGAGUGGUCCAGGUAGCGGUAGUAGGGGCCGGAGCGACCGGGGCAGCGGUCAGGGGGACACCCUCUAUCCUAUAGGCUACUCAGACAAGCAGGUGCCGGACACAAGCGUUCAGGAAACGGAUCGCAUCCUGGUGGAGAAGCGCUGCUGGGAUAUCGCCCUGGGUCCCCUGAAGCAAAUCCCUAUGAACUUGUUCAUCAUGUACAUGGCGGGCAACACCAUCUCCAUCUUCCCCACCAUGAUGGUCUGUAUGAUGGCCUGGAGGCCCAUCCAAGCACUCAUGUCCAUCUCUGCCACCUUCAAGCUACUUGAGAGCUCAAGCCAGAAGUUUCUUCAGGGUCUGGUGUAUUUAAUUGGCAACCUCUUAGGGUUGGCCUUAGCUGUUUACAAGUGCCAGUCAAUGGGACUGCUGCCUACUCAUGCCUCUGACUGGUUGGCAUUUAUUGAACCACCAGAGCGCAUGGAGCUGACAGGUGGGGGUUUAGUGUUGUGACCCGACCCAGACACCAGCUGCUGCUUUAGAUGUGUGGACGAUCACCGUCACAGCAUAUUCUUUUUCCUUCACGCUCCCUUACUCAAGAAGCUCCUGAGUCCUAAGUGGAUGUUACUGCUUUGUGGAACAGCAGAUGAAAAUUCACAGGCAAAAAGGGAAACAGAAUAUGAAGGUCGGAUAUGCUCUGCAGGGGAAGGAGACGACGGCUUCUCUUGACAGGUUAUUUUCAUCCCCUUCUGUUGAAUCCAGAAUAAAAGUGUUAACACACA